UGAGAACAUUUUAUCCGACUGGCAUCUAGCAGGACUUUGAGUUGGAUGCUCCAUAUAAACAGGGGACAAAUAUGUUUGUACUCAUUGCUCAGAUGUUACAAAGCUGGAAACUGACCUCCCGUGUCCCCUCUCCUGGAUUUCAACCCCAAAGCCAUUGUUUUCUUGCUGCAGCUGCUCUCAAAACCAUGAGGCAGAGCAUUUAGGAUUUUAUAGAUGGCAAGCAACUUUUAUAGGGAAACAGGAAAUUAUAAGACACUUCCUGUUUAUAUUGCCAACCUUGAAUACACAGCUAGAUCUACCCUGACUGUAGAUAUUGGGAGUUCUCCAGGUCUAACUCUGAAACGGACUUGGCAAUAAUCCACCCAGAUGAAGCCAUUAAUUUGUGCCACUUAUUACUAUUUUGCUUUGAGUAGCCGCCUUCACUGAACUAUCUGCCCACAGAUGUGGUGAUCAGAUUGGAGCCAAACAGUACAAAACCCCCACUCAGACAUCAGUAGCACUGCUAGCCUGACCAUUGGUAAAUUAAAGUAUCAAAAGCAAUAAAUGAAAUGAAUUACCUCGGUGCUUUCACUCCUCUUCAAGACCCAUCAGACAAGCCUGAAGGCAAUGCCGAGGUGAAAAAACAACCCACGUACAUUCCUAGCCUCUCAAAUAAUACGUGAUCCCUGCCCACUCUUUCAAAAUUGUUGUCUUCAUCAUCGCCCAGUCCAAACGCAGGGAAGAUAUAUAUCCUGUCCCCAGGUGAGGGUGCUUUUCCUGGGCUGUGGACACGGCUGAGAGAAGAUGAAGUCCUCCCUCCUUGCCGUGCUGGCUUUGGUCCUAUGUGCAGUUCAAGCAAAUGCCCUUUAUUGCUACACUUGCGAGUGGGAACGAAGCAACUGGAACUGUCUGAAGGCUGAGAAGUGUUCAGACAAGGAUCAGUACUGUGUGACCAAUGUUGGCUCUGUAGGAAUUGGCUCUUUGUCUUUGUGGAAGAGGAUCACCAAGAAGUGCUCCAAGACGUGCCCACACUACAACUUCCUCAUGGGCCUGGCUACCUACACCUCGUAUUGCUGCCAAAGCUUCUUGUGUAACCUGCAUGCAUGCCCAGGACCCAGGCUGGCUCGACCGUGAAAUGGUAGAGGGUCCUGUGCCUGUGUCCUUCUUCAGCGGUGGUGGGAUAAAGGGGCUCCUGAAGCCCUGAAGAGCACGUUCAGAUUCCCCCAGGAGGAUAUGGACACCGUGCAUGCUGCAGAGUAGAUAAAGUAUUACCUUCACCACCUUCUGCCCUGUGUUGCCUCACAGCCUGUAGCUUCUCACUUGCUUCUCAUGCCUGAGCUCUGUCACCUUGGCGGCUUGGCGGAGAAGUGGCCAUGCUAUGUUUCCUGCAGCCUCAGGGAGGGAGAUGCUGCUUCUGCAUGUCCUGCAAAUCUCUAGAAGGGUUUCUUCUGCAAUCUUGCCUUAUUUCAGGUGCAGCUGGGAGCCACACAGUGGCAGCUUCCAGAAUUAGGGAGCGGGGGUGGGGAAAAAUUACAAACCCCUCUGCAUAAACUCAGAAGAUAAACCUUGCAAACUCACAGGGUUGCUGCUGGAGAAGGAAAAAGGGCAGUUCUGUGUAUAAAAUCCUGAUUCCUGCAAUGGGUGCUAGCAUCAGCUCUUCCUCUUUGCAUCCCUCACCCACUCCAUCCAGCCUCUCAUUCCCAGCCCCAAGCUGGGGACAAUGACACCCCCCUGUGCCCUAUUAAGAGUCAGACAUGUCAGCUACAUGCCUGUUCCUGUUGGCUCUGUAUGCAGUGCCAUAUUUUUAUUAAAAUGAUGAUUAUCUGCACAGCCUGCACAUCUGUGCAUAUCUCCUUAUCUGCAGUCUUUGUUCUUACCUCCAUCUCCAGCAGCCGUCCUUGCUCACAGAAUCAUAGAAUUCUUUGGGUUGGGAGGGACCUUCAAAACUCAUCCAGUUCCACACCUGACAUAAGCAUGGACAUCUUCACCCAGAUCAGGUUGCUCAGAGCCCCGUCCAGCCUGGCCUGGGAUGUCUGGCAUCCACCAGCUCUCUGGUCAACCUGGGCCAGUGUUUUACCAUUCUCAGUGUCAAAAAUUUCUUCCUCAUCCAUUUCUUCAUGUUGCCUUGCUUGGUUGUGGCUGUUGUUCAAGCCAAGUGACCUUACCCAGGGCUAGCACUGCCCUGAAUCAACUGCUUGGCAAUGUGUCUUCCAGAAAACCAUUAAUUUACCCUUCCCUCAGACAUCCCCCAAAGCAACUGCAGGGAAAGGAAAAGUAUUUGCAGCAUUUGGGUCGAGCUGGUGAAGAACAGUGGAGGGAUUUAUAAGAGAAGAAUACAGAUUUCAGAGAGGCCAAAUAUUUCAUGUAGAUGUUUCCAAAGGCUGCAGAGAAAUGAGGGCAAAAGGAAGUUGAAAAAGUGAACAAUGACGAGAGCUCAUAGGUUUUUCUUUGCCAGAGGUGCUGCUGAAUACCUCUUCCUCUUUCCAAGAAGCAAUUUUUUGGAGUUUUGCUCUGGAAAGAGCAUGGAAAUGCCUAAACUUGUGUCAGCCUGGGCUCCUAAAUCUGCAAAACAUUGCUCAGCUGAAGGAUGAUGCUCCGUGCUGUGCUUGGAACCCAACUCUGGUAAACAAGGGGGACAAAAGGGUCUUUGAGCUGUGCUGGCGCGUCUGCCUUGACCCGGUGCCCGUGGCUGCUCUGGAUAAAUUCAUUCUUCUGAAGUGCUGCAUAAACAGGAGUCUUCAGAGAUCUGCGCUCUCUUUUUAUUAAUUGACUUCUACUUUCCUUUGCCCUCUCCCUCUCAGAGCUACACCACACUGCGAGGGCAGAUCUCUGUGCCGAAGGAGCCACGCUGGGUGAUGCAUCUCCCUUUACCCCUCCAUUAGACCACCAUCUCUUUCAUAUCCCCUUUAGUAAUUUGCAUUUUUCGCCCUGAGGCAAGCCAACCCCCCUCCUGUCCCUCAGCCUGAAUUCUCAAAAGCUCUUAUGUACUCCCUCCACAAUAUUUUCUCAUAGAAAUAAAAGGACUUGUGUA